AAUCAGAGGAGUAAAAACCUACAUUACAAGCAAAACGUCGAAAUAUAAUUUAAUUAGGUAUAUAAGGACCACAUGUUUCGAAAUAGCCACAUAGAUAGCUAUUAUGAUUUUAUUUCUUCAAAAAAUAAUAAUGAAAGACGAUAAAGGUGCAAAGGUCGUUCUAAUAGGAAAUGACGGAAGUUUGUUCGUUAUCGACCCCGCUUUCCUUAGGUAAGAUGGCUCCGCUGUUGGUCCCACUGGAAUGCGUUUUACACCUGCAGAGAAGAAAAUUAGCUAUUUUACUUCAACAGACAAGUUUUUAUCAUGCUUGGCGAGGAGGUAACAAACCGAAUGGGAAGCAACGGAAACAACAGACUACUUAUUUGCUGAGCCCCAACCUGAGGACAGCCACGUGGACAGUCAACAGGAGUGACAACAGCAGACGUUUACUGGAAGCUGCAAAGCAUUUGCAGGUGACAGAUCGGACAUGUUGGCACGGAAAUGCGGGUGGAAGAUUAAACGCAGACCCCAAAAAUGUGUUGAAGGAGGUGAAUUCCCGGACCAUCCUGUCUAACAUGCUGUCCUACGUGUGGCCCAAGGACCGGCCUGAUCUACGGGCUAGAGUUGCCAUCGCCCUGGGACUGCUGGCUGGAGCUAAGAUGACCAACGUGAUGGUACCCUUCAUGUUUAAGUAUGCUGUGGAUGAGCUGAAUGGACUGUCGGGACACAUGUUGAACCUGAGCGACGCCCCCAACACCGUGGCUACCAUGGCAACCGCUGUUCUUAUUGGUUACGGUGUGUCCCGUGCCGGUUCGGCCCUCUUCAAUGAGCUGCGUAACGCCGUCUUUGGGAAGGUGGCCCAGAGUUCCAUCCGGCGUAUUGCCAAGAACGUGUUCCUGCAUCUCCACAGCCUGGACCUGGGCUUCCACCUGUCCCGCCAGACGGGGGCGCUGUCAAAGGCCAUUGAUAGGGGCACCAGGGGCAUCUCCUUCGUCCUCUCUGCCAUUGUCUUCAACCUGGGACCCACUGCACUGGAGAUGGGGCUGGUCUCUGGUAUCCUGUAUUAUAAAUGCGGGGUGGAAUUUGCUGCGGUGACUCUGGGUACUCUGGGAGCGUAUACAGCCUUCACCAUUGCUGUCACACAGUGGAGAACUCAGUUCAGGAUAGAGAUGAACAAUGCAGACAACGAGGCAGGAAACGCUGCCAUUGACUCCUUACUGAACUAUGAGACCGUUAAGUAUUUCAACAAUGAGACGUAUGAAGCAGAGAAGUACGAUGGUUAUCUGAAGAGCUACGAGUCCUCCUCCCUGAAGACCACCUAUACCCUGGCCAUGCUCAACUUUGGACAGAGUGCCAUCUUUAGUGUGGGCCUCACUGGUAUCAUGGUGCUAGCCAGCAAGGGCAUCAUGGCAGGCUCUAUGACAGUAGGAGACCUGGUGAUGGUGAAUGGUCUGCUGUUCCAGCUCUCUCUGCCUCUUAACUUCCUGGGCACCGUGUACAGAGAGACACGCCAGGCCCUGAUCGACAUGAAUACACUCUUCACACUGCUCAGUAUUGACACCAAGAUCAAGGAGACAGAUCUGGCCCCUUCUCUCUCCGUCACCCCUCAAGAAGCCACCAUCAGGUUUGAGGAUGUCUACUUUGAGUACCUGGAAGGACAGAAGGUUCUAGAGGGCGUCUCCUUCCAGGUGCCGGCUGGGAAGAAGGUGGCCAUCGUAGGAGGGAGCGGAUCAGGGAAGAGCACCAUAAUGCGUAUGUUGUUCCGGUUUUACGAGCCCCAGAAGGGAAACAUCUACAUCGCUGGACAGAACAUCAGAGACGUUGGACUGGACAGCCUGCGACGGGCCAUAGGGGUGGUACCACAGGAUGCAGUGCUCUUCCACAACACCAUCUUCUACAACCUUCAGUACGGGAACAUCAACGCCACGCCAGAGGAGGUGUACCAGGUGGCACGGCUGGCAGGGAUCCACGACGCCAUCCUCAGGAUGCCCCACGGAUACGACACUCAGGUCGGGGAGAGGGGACUCAAACUGUCAGGUGGGGAGAAGCAGCGUGUGGCCAUAGCCAGGGCCAUACUGAAGAACCCUCCUAUCCUGCUGUAUGAUGAAGCUACCUCCUCACUGGACUCUAUCACUGAGGAGAACAUUCUUAAUUCCAUGAAGGGUCUGGUCCAGAACCGGACGUCGGUGUUCAUCGCUCACAGACUGUCCACCAUCGUAGACGCAGACGAGAUCAUCGUACUCAACAAGGGUAAGAUAGCAGAGCGAGGGGACCACCACUCUCUCCUGGCUACUCCAGGCUCUCUGUAUGCUGACCUGUGGAACACUCAGAACAGUAAGAUACUGAACAUUAAGAACAGCCCGGUGGAACUGCAGCCAGAGAGACUCAGCCAGAAGGAGGAGGAGAGGAAGAAACUACAGGAGGAGAUCAUGAACAGUGUCAAGGGCUGUGGGAACUGCUCCUGUUGAGGAGAGACCAGGAGGUGCCACCUCCCUCAAUACCUGUCCUCCCUUCCUCCUCCGUCCAGUGACAACCUGCGCUCAGUACUUUACGUUACACCGCUCUCCAUCUCACCCCUGCCACGCCAAGCCCCUCCCCCUGCUCCUCCCGGGAAGGUGAUUGGUGCCCGAAGAGGAGACUUGAGGAGCAAGGCUGUCUGCCGUUGGCUUAUGUCUGCAGAGAGGCAACGUUCGUCUGCCAAUCCUCUCCUCAAACCAAGCAUAAGAGACCUUGUAUAGGAUGAUGACAUCGUGCUGUAUAGGAUGAUGACACUGUGCUGUAUAGGAUGAUGACACCGUGCUGUAUAGGAUGAUGACAUCGUGCUGUAUAGGAUGAUGACAUCGUGCUGUAUAGGAUGAUGACAUCGUGCUGUAUAGGAUGAUGACAUCGUGCUGUAUAGGAUGAUGACAUCGUGCUGUAUAGGAUGAUGACAUCGUGCUGUAUAGGAUGAUGACAUCGUGCUGUAUAGGAUGAUGACACUGUGCUGUAUAGGAUGAUGACACCGUGCUGUAUAGGAUGAUGACAUCGUGCUGUAUAGGAUGAUGACAUCGUGCUGUAUAGGAUGAUGACAUCGUGCUGUAUAGGAUGAUGACAUCGUGCUGUAUAGGAUGAUGACAUCGUGCUGUAUAGGAUGAUGACAUGCAAGAACAUUACUGAUCAACAUGAGGAGUCUGUUUCAUUCUGAAGAUUUGUACCAAAUGCCACCCUACGCCCUAUAGGCCCUGGUCUGAAGUAGUGCACUAUAUAGGGAAAAGGGUGCCUUUUGGGAUGAAACCGGAGGUAUUUGGAUUAGGUAUUUCUGACCGCGUUCUCCUGUAGGAAGAUGGAGGCCUUGACGUUGAUUUGAAUACAUUUUUAACUAGUUCUUCCAUAUGGUUGGGAAGUCUAGGUGGUUGUUUUAUAUUAAGGAUUUGUAUAUAUCUCUAUAUCAGGGUUAAAAGGCUUCUGACUCAAACUAGACACACAUUGUCCAGGUAUAUCUAUCGCUAUAAAAAAUGACCUUUUCUCAAAAUUAUCUUUACUUGGUGGGUGGUUCAAGAACAGAAAACACACACGCCUAGCUAAAGAUAAUUUAUUACAAAUAAUGAAUAUUAGACUUGAUCAUUAAUAGUCCUGUUUUAUUGAGUAGAGAUCUUUAUCAGAGAACGUGACUUGUCAGGAGCAUCAAGUAUGUUGAAGACUGGCUGGCUAUAGUUUGUUUUUGACUGAAGAGUCCUAUCUGUUUUUAAUGGAGGGUAUAUUGGUACGCGUGUUGUUAGGCCAAUAGACAAUACAAUCUCUUUUAACACCGGCUUCCGGGGCAUUAUCACUUUUAUACAACGGGUUACCAACCUAUUGAAAUAGUGAUUGACAUAUUUUCAUUAAAAACGUUAUUUCGAUGAAUUCAUUCAUACUAUUUCAAACUUCCGUAAGAUAAAGUCCCGACACACAUCUCGGGUUGCUACCCCAAGCGGACUGGUCGUUCGUUCUAUUGGUUCUUAUUUCUUGCUAGCUAGCCAACUAUGGCUAACUUACUGUCACGUCAAACAGAGCAGACAGAAUAACAAUUGUAGCUGCAUUUGUUUAGGCUGUAACAAUGAGCUAAUGAGGUGGGAUUUCACCUGGCAUAGAAAAUGUGGUCUCUCAACAACACAGCUUACACAAUCACUUGAAAAUGUCGGACAGACAAAGUUUUAUACAAAUGUCCACUGUUGAAAACUACAUUUUAGUCUAAAAGAAAUUAGAAUGUCUAGAUGAUUUUUAUAGUGGAGAUCAAGUAUAUAAAUUGCCUGGCUGGGCUGAUGAGACAGUGGAUUGCACAGUCAGAUGGAACAGAGUAAAUAAGCAUUUUAACGUCAUAGAUUUAGCUGGUGGUAACUUCUGGAAUAGACACCAGCUGGAAUCUGGUUUUAAUUUAGGAUUAGACCCACCCGUUGUAUUGACUACACUACAUUGAUCACAGCCUUUUGAGUUUUGAAUAAAGCUAGUCUGAAGAAACUGAGGACAUUCUAUUCACCAAUUAAUUUCUACCUUUUACUUAAAUGCGCACUUAUGGUAUCUUUUGGAUUGUCUAACAACUAUGUUCUAGAUUAAAGAUUGUCUGACAAUGGUCUGAUAUUCACAUGGGUUAGGUAUUUUAUUGCCUUGUUAUUUGAGGGGAGCUUGUUGGUCAGAUCAGUGCCCAUGUUGCAUGAUGUCGUCAUGUACAGUUUGUUAGAACAGAAAACCAGUUGGGCUUGUUGUACAGCAGUAAUGUGUAUCAUUCUAUAAAAGCACUGGAGAAAGACAUUGGAUAACCUGAAUAAAGAGCAGUGACGUUCUUGUGCCUAUAGUAUAUUGUUCCUAUGAUCUGUCAGUCAAUAAAGGGGAUGUCUUUCUUAA